UGUUGUUGUUGUUUUAUGCAUCAACAGGAACUCUGUAAGAAGCUCCAGAGCGCCAUCGACAAGAUCGACGAUGAGAGAUACGACUUCCAGUCCAAAGUCGGCAAGAGCGACCAAGAGAUCGACAACCUGAAGCUGAAGGUGGUGGACCUGAUCGGCGUGAAGAAGCCGGCCCUGAAGAGAGUCCGCAUGUCGGCCGACGCCAUGCUGAAGGCCCUGCUGGGGGGGAAGCACAAGGUCACCAUGGACCUGAGGUCCAACCUGAAGCAGGUCAAGAAGGAGGUCAAGGAGGAGUCGACGGAGGCCGGUGACUGGCGUAAGAACAUCGAGGAUAAGGCCGACAGGAAGAAGAUGUUCGAGACUUCCUAGAAACCUCCUGAAGUCUCUCUGUUCCGGCCGGGGACGACAGCUAAGACACUUUUUGUUGUUGUGGUUGUUUUCUUUGAUACCGAUAGACUGAGCUGAAAUAAUGUACGCGGUCUACAUGUCUGACACCAGAUGUACAGGUUUCCUCAGAGUCAUUUAAAUAAAUGUUUGGAAAUAAGGAA